AAAGAAAGUUUUCUUUUUUAAUGGAAUAACUUGCCUCGUUCAUUCAGUUUUUGAGUUUAUCCAAGACAACUGCAAAUAAAAAUGGCGGACGCAGCUCCAGCCCGUGGUGGUUUUCGCGGAGGUUUUGGUGGACGUGGCCGAGGUGGUAGAGGAAGAGGUCGUGGCCGCGGUAGAGGACGUGGUCGUGGUGGAAAAGAAGAUUCAAAAGAAUGGAAUCCAGUCACAAAAUUAGGUCGCCUAGUCCGUGAAGGAAAAAUUCAUAAUUUGGAGGAAAUUUACUUAUACUCUUUACCUAUUAAAGAGUUUGAAAUUAUUGAUUUCUUUUUGGGCGCAUCAUUAAAAGAUGAAGUAUUAAAAAUUAUGCCUGUACAGAAACAAACUCGAGCUGGUCAACGUACUCGAUUCAAGGCAUUUGUUGCAAUUGGUGACAACAAUGGGCACAUUGGCUUAGGUGUUAAAUGCAGUAAAGAAGUAGCAACUGCAAUCCGCGGUGCUAUUAUCUUAGCUAAGUUAUCUGUAGUACCUGUACGUCGAGGAUAUUGGGGUAAUAAAAUUGGUAAACCCCAUACAGUACCAUGCAAAGUAACAGGAAAAUGCGGUUCAGUAUCAGUACGUUUAAUUCCAGCCCCUCGUGGUACUGGAAUUGUAUCAGCUCCUGUCCCUAAGAAACUUCUUACUAUGGCUGGAAUUGAAGAUUGCUACACUUCUGCACGUGGUUCAACAGGUACUUUAGGUAACUUUGCCAAAGCAACAUAUGCUGCAAUUGCCAAAACCUAUGCAUAUUUAACACCAGAUUUGUGGAAGGAUAAUCCACUUGGCCGUACACCGUACCAAGAAUAUGCAGAUUUCUUAGCGCAAACCCAUAAACCAGGCGUAAGAUCCAUCGAAGCCUAAAAUAAAUAUUACUAAACAAAAUAAUUUCAUAAAUUUUUAAUUUAUGACAUAAAUAAAGAAAAUCAAAACAACAA